AUGCCUUACAGAAUCCACACCGACCCAUACCGAUCCGGCAGCAUGAGACCUGUUGUCGGCAGCACGGGGCACCUGACGACGGAUUCGUACCGAUCCAGCAGCAUAAGAACCGUCGACGGCACGGGCACAGGGGGCCUGACGUACGACUACGAUACUGCCUGCGAGCACUACGACCUCGGCUUCCGGCCGUCGGUCGACGUGGAGGCGCUUCCCGAGCGGCUGGACGGGCGACUGACACGGCUGCCGGAGAACCAUGCAAGAGGACGCAGUCGCGACCAAACCCACGUCCUGGACUUAGACCAGGGGUAUGGUCAUUGGUACGAGUAUGGUUCUGGCAAUGUUUAUAGUAGCGGUGACAGUCGCGGUAACGGCCACAGAGCCAGAGAUUAUAAUCAUGGAGAUUCCUGGCAGCAGAAAGGGGGCGGAGAUCCGUGGAGUAGGGGAGGAAGCACUGGGUAUUGA